AGAGUAAGCGACGCACCGAGGAGAAGAAGAAGAACGCUAGCCCUUUAGCUUCCUAGCGCCUGCCAGUCUUACGCAGUUUAUCCAAAAUCAGGCAAACGUCGCCUGCUGGUCUCAAAGAAAAUCCUAUGCGGCAGCAGGGAAGGGUGUUGAAGUCGAACCUUUCCUGACAGACAUGGAGAAGCAGCUUCAUCUGAACCUGUUAGGCUCCAGACCUCCUUUAGCAGGUGGCUUCCAGUCCAGCUCCAAGAUGAAGAUGGGACCUGGACGGAAGAGAGAUUUCACCCCCUUGCCUUGGAGUCACUACUUUGAAACCAUGGAAGAUGUCGAGGUGGAAAAUGAAAAUGGCAAAGAUCUUUUCAGAAUUUACUGCAGUGGCUCCCAUGGUCCUGUGUUACUCUUGCUCCAUGGGGGAGGGCACUCUGCGCUUUCCUGGGCAGUGUUUACUGCUGUCAUAUGCAGCAGGAUCAACUGCAGGGUGGUGGCCAUGGACCUUCGUGCUCAUGGUGACACUAAAGUAAAAAAUCCUGAAGAUCUUUCUGCAGACACCAUGGCCAAGGAUGUUGGAAAAGUUGUGGAGGUGCUUUAUGGAGAGAACCCACCUCCAAUCAUGAUUAUUGGACACAGCAUGGGCGGUGCCAUCGCCGUUCACUCCGCUAACCACGUCCCAUCUCUGCUGGGUCUCUGCGUCAUUGACGUCGUAGAAGGUACAGCGAUGGAUGCUUUAAACAGCAUGCAGAAUUUCCUCCGAAGUCGGCCAAAGACGUUUAAAUCUCUGGAGAAUGCCAUCGAGUGGAGUGUGAAGAGCGGUCAGAUCCGUAACAUCGAGUCAGCCCGCGUGUCGAUGGGAGGCCAAGUCAACAAAUGUGAGGAGUCAACCAGCAGUCCAAGUGUCUCAAAUAGCAUUGGUGAAGGCAUUAUAGAAGAAGAUGAGGAUGAAGAAGGCGUGGAAGAGUCCAUGAAGAAAAAAAUGAAGGAGGACGACCAAGAGAUCAAAAAGGAAAGUAUUUUCACCUGGCGAGUGGACCUUUCAAAGACAGAAAAGUAUUGGGAAGGCUGGUUCAGAGGUCUGUCCGCCCUGUUUCUCUCCUGCCCUGUGCCAAAACUUCUCCUACUUGCAGGAGUAGACAGGCUUGACAAAGACCUCACUAUUGGACAGAUGCAAGGAAAGUUUCAGAUGCAGGUCCUCUCUCAGUGUGGUCACACGGUUCAUGAGGACGCACCUGAAAAAGUAGCAGAUGCUCUAGCAACAUUCAUGGUCCGGCACAAGUUUACUGAGUUUAAGGAAGGAUUCUUGUGCUGAAUUUCCUGUGCAAACAUAGCCAGAAGCUGUAGAAGACAUGUUUCACGAUUCAUCGACUUCAUUGUUAAAAUAUCAGCUUUUUCAGAUAUUAUUAUUAUUAUUAUUAUUAUAAUUAUUAUUAUGUAGAUAUUUUUGUCUCUCUGCUUUGCCUUAUUUUUAUUAUAUUAGAAAUUCAUUGUACUUUUUUCUUUUUUAAUUUUCUUUUCUAUUGUCAUUCUCUCCUUGUUUUUAAAUGGUUUAUCUUGACAGAUUGCAUCAUUGUUAAAGUGUGUUUGUGAUGUCUGAAUUCAAACUAUGAUUAAACAUGGAUGCAACAAAC